CAGGCAGCGGGGUGCGGCCGCCCCUCCCGCCCCGCCGCGUCCUCGCCGUUGCCCGCGGAGCACCUCGGCAUCCCUCAGCAUGUCGGCCGUGCGCAGGAAGUUCGGGGACGAGUACCAGGCCGUGGGCCCCGCUCGCUGCAGCGCCCGCAGGGAGCGGCAGCGCUUCGUGGACAAGAACGGGCGCUGCAACGUGCAGCACGGGAACCUGGGCGGCGAGAGCAGCCGCUACCUCUCCGACCUCUUCACCACGCUGGUGGACCUCAAGUGGCGAUGGAACCUGCUCAUCUUCCUGCUGACCUACACGGUCGCCUGGCUGGUCAUGGCCUCGAUGUGGUGGGGCAUCGCCUACCUGCGAGGUGACCUGCACCAGACGCAUGAUGACACCUACAGUCCGUGCGUGGCCAACGUGUACAACUUUCCCUCCGCCUUCCUCUUCUUCAUAGAGACCGAGGCCACCAUCGGUUACGGGCACCGCUACAUCACCGAGCGCUGCCCCGAGGGCAUCGUGCUUUUCCUCUUCCAGUCGCUGCUGGGUUCCGUUGUCGAUGCGUUCCUCAUCGGCUGCAUGUUCAUCAAGAUGUCCCAGCCCAAGAAGCGAGCCGAGACGCUCAUGUUCAGCCGCGCCGCGGUCAUCUCGCAGCGGGAUGGCAGGCUCUGCCUCAUGUUCCGCGUCGGCAACCUCCGCAACAGCCACAUGGUGUCUGCCCAGAUCCGCUGCAAGCUUAUCAAGUCCAGACAGACACCGGAGGGGGAAUUUCUGCCGCUAGACCAGUGUGAACUGGAUGUUGGAUUUGGAACUGGAGCCGACCAGCUGUUUUUAGUUUCCCCUUUAACCAUCUGUCAUGAAAUUAACUCAGAGAGCCCCUUCUUUUGUCUCUCACAAAGAUCGCUACGAAGCGAGCAGUUUGAAAUAGUUGUCAUCCUGGAAGGAAUCGUUGAGACUACGGGAAUGACGUGUCAAGCUCGGACCUCGUACACAGAAGAUGAAGUUCUUUGGGGUCACAGGUUCCUCCCGGUGAUGUCUCUAGAAAAUGGGUUUUUCCGUGUCGAUUAUUCUCAGUUUCAUGCUACGUUUGAAGUCCCCACUCCUCCUUACAGUGUUAAAGAGCAAGAAGAAAAGCUGUCCCUGUCAUCUCCUCUGAGUAGUCCCGUCGAUAAUAACAAAACCAGAGGAGAACAGGUUUGUCCACUCGACUGCGUCGAUAUUGCGGGAGAGAAGGACAAACUCCCUUUCAAACUUCAGAAGAUCAGCUCAGGAAAGGAAAGCCUCCCACAGAGAGCCCUGAGAAUGAGUUCCAGUAACACGGAGAAGACUUUGAGUACCGGAGAUCUCUUGAAAAUUCAAGAAAUAAGUCCCAGCUCUGCCGGUGAAGGCAGUGAUGACAGGAUGCAGCUGAAGGCCUUAAAAAUAAGUGCUGAGGCUUUGACUCGGUCUACCAGCCAUCUCGAGUUACAGAGGAGCUCUCCAAGCGUGGGUGCUCUGGAGAUGAAGUUGGGAGAUAAUUUACCUGCCAAACUUUGAGCAGUGAACUCUUGAUUGCCUCUCUUAAGAGCUGAAGAAACAGGAAUUGUCGCUGAUGAACUGUGUUCGAGACUGCUGACCUGAAAGAGUCUUUUGACAGUAAAGUCACAGUUUGGUUUUGCCACUUUCAGGAAGAAUGAUCUUUUUUGCAUAAUUGUUCUGUACAGAUCCAAUUUAGGUAGUAGCAUAAUAGGACUUUGAGGGGCAGUAAGAAUUAACUGUCGUGCCAAAGAGAUCCCUGCCCUAAUGAUGUCUAUCAGCAUGCUCACUGCAAAUCUACGUUGUCUUCCAUGGAUGCAGAAGCUUUUCCAUGAAGCUUAG